UUUCUCAUUGUUUUAUCAAUUUAUGCAGAAAAACUCAAACUCAAACUCAAAAUCUCAUAAUGCAUUUCUGGGUUUGAUUCAGUUCAUAGUUUUCUCAUCGUUGUUGUCUCCAUCUCCAACUUAAUUGAGGCUAAUUUCUCUUUUUCAGGCUCAAUAUGCCCGAGGCUUGUUUGGGUUUCUUAAGCAUUUCCUCUCUUAUCCAGACUCUAAUCCAAUCUCCCUGAGUUAUCUCUUCUGACUGUGAGAAGACUGGAAGCUUGUUCUCUUUGCUGCCUCACUUAUUCUGAGUGAAAUUUCGAUACUAUCAAAGUCUAUGGAUGAAUCUGUGAAGAGAAGGGAGAGAUUGAAAGCAAUGCGAUCAGAAGCAUCAUCGUCACUAGGUGAUGAUGGAGUGCCACUUCAUGAUAUUGCGAAUUCUGCAUCACCUUCUGCGCUUUGUAAUCCUUUGCUCAAUCCAACAUCAACUCAACAAAUUCAUGAAGACUCAAAUUCAAAUUCAAAUUCAUCCUCAAGAUUUGAUUAUUACACAGAUCCCUUGUCAGCUUUCUCUAGCACCAAGAGGAGCAAACAGGAUUCACAAAUCUCUUUCGCCCCUCCUCCACGGCCAUCUCCUCCUUAUAUGCCCCCUUCUGGACCACCAUAUUCUCCUAAUUUCGGAAUGCCACAAAUGCGUGGCCCUUUCUUUCCUCCUCCUCAACAACAGCAAUAUGGUAUUCCACCUGGAAUGAGGAGCCCUUAUCAAGGAGGAACUCCUGGCUAUCACCACGGUCCUAUGAAUCCUGUAAGAGGCAAUUCAUUUAGUCCCUAUCCUGUUCAAGGCAGAGGGCCAUGGAAUAAUCGUAUUCCAUUCUCUGGGACGGGCUACAGGGGAAACCGUCCCUCGCCAAAUAUGGGGAGAGGACAGGGUCGUUAUGGUAAUUUUGUACGACCUGGUGGAGGACGCGGCGGUUGGACAGGACCGGGUAAUCAGUCUGCUGAGGUGGCACCUGGUCUUUACUUUGAGAAGUCAUCGGUUGAUGAUCCGUGGAAGAUGUUGACGCCCAUUACAUGGAAAGGAGGGAAAGGUUUAACGCCCAUUACAUGGAAAGGAGGGAAAGGUUUAAUAAUGGAGAGCCCGAGGAUUUCCAUGGUGAAGAAGAAUGAGACUACUUCGACUGGACCGAGUUUGGCUGAAUUGUUGGCCGAAACAUUCAAGGAAGCUGCUGCUGACGAUAAAGAAACUUCCAAGGAUUGAUUGAUCAAGUGGUCAUUUGUAUGGUGUUUGAAAAUAAACAAAUUAGAGAAGCUUGACAUAGUUAUCCUUUAAAACAACAUUUUGCCAUUGUGUUGUCUCUUCCCCUUAUCUUAACAUGUAGCUUAUGUAAAUAUCUGUUUUACCAUUAAUUGUUUAUACAAGUA